CAAAAGUUCCUCUAUAAAACAUUACCCUCGGCAUAUGCCUCUGGGUUUGAGAAUUCAGCAAUCAAAAUUCAGGAGAGAAAAUCCGCAGAAAACAACAAUAAAAUCAAUGGAGGUGUUAAACAGCGUAGUUCUGAAGCCUUCUUCUUCGUGUUGCUAUACUACUCACAUAGGAAAACUUGUCGCAACUUCAAAAAGUUCAUGUUUUUCAAAUUCACAAGUUUGUUUCAGGAAAGGAAAUCGGAUUCUCAGUUCCAGGGGCUUCAAAUUAAGAGUUGGGAAUCAUGGGUUUGAAGAUAAAGGGCACAUGGAGUAUUAUUCAGGGGUUUCCCCUUUUUGUGGGGAGAAAAAGGGAAAGAAAGGGUGGAAUGGAAUUCCAGUGAAAAAGAGGAUGAAAUUGUUGAAGGGUUUGGUUAAGGAUUUAUCAACUUUUUCUGAUUUAGGUUUUGGGUUGGGUUUGGAUUGUGAUAAUAAAGAUAAUCUGGAUUUUGUUGCUGAUGAUAAAUCCAGGAUAAUUUCUGAAGCAGCAGAGACACUGUUAACUCAAUUGAAGCUUCUAAGAGCAGAAGAAGAACAAAUGAAGAAUUGUAAAUCUGAGGACUGUGAAUCAUCCUCGUCCUCCUCAGAGUCAAGUGACAGCGAAUGUGAUGAUGAGGUGAUUGACAUGAAAACUGUGAAAUACAAAGUCGUUGUUGGACCAAUUGAAAGCAAAAACGAGGAGCAACCAUCAACUACAGCGAGCAUACUCCAAGAACAAUCUACGAGGGAACAACCAUCUCAAAAUUUGGAAUCAAACUGCUGCAAUAUGAUAUUAGAUUUGACCUUAAAUAAGGAUGCAGGAAUACAAAUACUAAACCCAGAUACUGUUACUGUAAAUCAGACGAAAGUGGGGAAGAAGAAGAUAGAGGUUUGUAUGGGCGGAAAGUGCAAGAAAUUAGGUGCCCCAGCAUUGAUGAAUGAGUUUCAAAGAGUGAUGGGUAAUGAGGGAGUUGUUGAAGGGUGCAAGUGCAUGGGCAAGUGUAAAACUGCUCCUAAUGUCAGACUUCUGAAUGGUAAUGAUUAUUUGAAAGCUAGUAAUCCUCUCUGCAUUGGAGUUGGUCUAGAAGAUGUAGAGUUGAUUGUUGCGAACCACUUUGCUGGAGAAGGAGUGUCUAAGGACCAGGUGCGAGUUGCUGCUUGGUGCAAUUACUAGUAUUAAAAUCAGUUGUGUAGCUGAUAAAGAAGGUUGAAAGAAAACAUCAAGAUUGAGAGUUCAGAAAUCCAAGGUGCAAUUUCAGAGUGUCUGAAGUUCUGAACUGAAGCAGGAAAACUACCCAAGUAUUAGAACAUGAAAUUGACGCAUUCCUGUCAAAUGUCAAUGUUAGAAUCAUUACUUUGGAGAGUCUUUAAAUCUGCCAUAAGAUUUUCUUCUGUUUUGUGUUGUACAUAACCCUCUUAUUAAUUGGGUAGUUAUUCAAUAUAAGUUAUGUUUGCUGAAA